AUGUGGGGGUCAAUUUCCCAUAAAGUCCCAGGCUUCGGCCGGAAAAGAAACUUAACCGAGCUAGGCAGGACCUGCCACGAUUUCUCAGACGACGAGACCUCUUCGAAUGCUAGCGUAGAAGAUGAGGGACUCGAGUGCCCCAUAUGCUGGGAAUCUUUCAACAUCGUCGAGAACGUGCCCUAUGUCUUGUGGUGUGGACACACCCUGUGCAAGAACUGUGUUCUUGGCUUAAGAUGGACAGCCUUUAAAUUUUCCGGCCAGCAAAUUCGGGUCCCCUUUUUCGUUUCCUGUCCUUGGUGCCAAUUGCCCACCUUCCGAAUUUCCCACAGGGGCGCCCUGAGAUUUCCAAGAAAAAACUUUUUCCUUCUCUGGAUGGUCGAGUCCCGGAAUGGGGACCGGUCCACGAGAUAUCCCUCUUCAAUUGGUGGUAAGGAUCGUCAGCAGAUGUGGUCCCCACGGUGUAGUUCGGCAGUCACGAGGAGUGGCUUCUCGUCUCACAGUGCAAAUAACAGGAGAAUGCAUCGCCUUGGACGUGAGAACCCGAGCGACGAACGAGUAGGCCCGAACAAUAGUAUGUCCGAGAGGGUACAACUGUCAUUUCAUAAGUCCAUCGAUUUUUUCUUUAAGAUGACGGCUAAGUUCCCAUUGGUUUUGCUGCUUUUUGUUGUCUUAUUCGCAAUACCGGCUAGUGGUGCUGUGUUGCUGCUUUACUUGGUAAUCACGAUUGUUUUCGCUGUCCCAUCCGUUUUGGUGCUGUACUUUUCGUAUACUGCUUUGGAUUGGCUGGGAAGGGAGAUCAGAACUUGA